UGCACCGGAAGGGAUAGCUGCGGUGCGUUUAAGCUAGUUGGUAUAAAUGAAAUAUUGUAAAACUCCGAGUCUUCUGUACCGUCCUGAAUUUUUAUGAUAAGUUUGACUGAAGCUCGUGUCUCUGCUCUUGCAUUUCCUCGUGACCCAUGACGGCUUKGGUCAGCUAUGGCUGUCAUGUCAUGGAAGGAGAUGUUGCUUCUGACUGGGCUGGUGGUGGGAUGUUACUGGAACAGUCUGUCAUGCGGUUUUGUGUUUGACGACGUUUCGGCUAUCCUCGACAACAAGGACCUCCGGCCCUCCACGCCUCUCCGCAACCUGUUCCUCAAUGACUUUUGGGGAACGCCGAUGGCCGAGGAAAGGAGCCACAAGUCUUACAGACCACUGACGGUGCUCACGUUCCGACUCAACUACCUCUUCAGUGAACUCAGUGCRGCUUCCUAUCACCUGCUCAACAUCGUUCUGCACGGAGUCGUCUGCAUGCUUUUCCUGCGGGUUUGUCGACUGUUCCUGGACAAGACUUUCAGCUUGCUGGCUGCGCUGCUUCAGAGGCCGCAGCCCUCGCCUUAA